UCCAUGAGAACAGUGAAGGACCCAACCUUUGGCUAAUGUGUGAUGGCAGAUGUCUUGGCUUUCACUGCAGCAUGGGCAGAGGCUACAUUUUGGCUUAGUGUUGCAAUGGAAACUCCUAUUCAAAUCAUGAAAUGGUGCCGUGCAAACUCAGUUUGGUUCAUGCAAGUUCAGACUACUGUUGCCCUGCCUCUGCAUAACAGACAACAAAAGAACUUAGAGUCUCUCAGCAUUUGCAAAUGCUCUCCAACAAAUUACUCAGACAAUUAUGUCAACUGCCUCUCACCUGGUAGAACGGCAGUGGCAACUUGGAAUACAAACUUGCUGUCUUCUCCCCGGAUGGCAGCUUUCAUAUUUCUACCACUGUCACUUUGCCAGUAUGCUUGCUAUUUCCUAUCUGACCGGACUAUGAUAGCUGCUCAUGCCAAGGUCGUGCAGUUGGAAGAUAACCUAAAUCUGCUUGAUUGUGUCCUGCAAGACGUUCUGGACUUUCCUUCAUUGAAAAGCAGCAGCUAUGCUACAGCCACUGAAGUAACACUGUGUGAGAGUACCAUGACAGGCAAAGGCACUUGCAAGGUUGUGGCGAGAUGCCUGUUAAAGGGGAUUAUAGAGUCUCACCUCAUUAAUAUGCAACUUUUCAUUGUCCCAUGGUAUGGAUAGAAACCAAGCACAGAAUUCCUGACAUAGAAGUCUGAAUGUACAUGGUAACUCAUGUUUGCAGCUUGUUCCUUUGGACCACCAUCUUGAACACCCAGCAAAUAAUAAGAACAAGAAAGUAUGUAAUA